AACACAGUGCUGUGCACCCAGGCACAAGAUUUUUUCGGAGUCCAAGAGGCAUAACUGAGGAAAAUAAAAAGUUUAUCGGAAAAUCGCAUGCUGGGCCUAGUGAUCUGUCAACAAGUGAACUUAUUAUAUUUUCAAAGAGAAGAAGGGAAAUGUGGAUAAGUGUUUUGCAUUGUGGGCCUUUAAGUGCAAGUCAAUUAGAAAAUGCCCGGAUCUGCGAGGAACAUUUUAAAAGUGCUUACCUUCGGGAAGUUGAUCAGCACCUGGAUUUGUUGAGGAGCGAUGUGGAUAGUACUGCGCGCAGACGGGCUUCUUUAAGAGUGCAACAAGCGUUAAUUGCUGCUCAAGAAAUUGGGGAUGAAAAAUUGCAAAUCGUUCAACAAGUUCAAGAUCUUAUAGAGAAUAAGACUCGUCAGCUGGAUUUAGAUUAUCGCAACUUAGAUUUUGGAAAGGAACAGGAGAGCAUUGAACUAGCUCGAGAUUUAAAUUCCGUGGUCACUUCAAAUACAACUGGAAAUACGAACAACGCGGAAAGACAAACUAAACGACCAAGAAGGACGAGAACCGAGACUUUGGUCGAAUCAGCUCAUGCCAUGGACAUGAUAACAAUGUCAGAGACGCGCUCCGCAACUCUUUCGAGCACCUCUAAUGGCAAUCAGAAAAAAACUGCAGCAGCAACUACUGGUAAAAAGAAAAAGAGAAAGUCUCGCCAAGGAAAUCAACAAAACCAGCAUCGAGAGGAUACCCCGCCUCCACCGGAAGAAGAUUUGGCGAUUGAUCCUGAUGAGCCAACUUAUUGCCUGUGUGAUCAGAUUUCAUACGGAGAAAUGAUUUUGUGUGACAAUGAUCUAUGUCCAAUAGAAUGGUUCCAUUUCUCCUGCGUUUCUCUGACCACGAAGCCGAAGGGGAAAUGGUUUUGUCCCAAGUGUAGAGGUGAUCGUCCAAACGUUAUGAAGCCGAAAGCUCAGUUUCUAAAAGAACUCGAAAGAUACAACAAGGAGAAGGAAGAAAAGUCGUAGCAAGAGUUUGAUCUAUAAAAGUACGAGGAUUUCACUAAAUGCUAAGAUCAUAGAUUCAAAGGAUUCGUGUCAAUAAAGACAUUACUUUCACUCCGUUGAGUCCCAUAAUAAUCCACUGUCCCGAAAUACCUGUCAGUCAUAAUUGUACGUCCACUAACGACAAUUGAAUUAAAAAUAAGCUUUUCGUAGAAAAUAAUUAACUCUGUACAAAUUAAGUUAGAAAAACUUUUCAAACCCCGUAAAAAAGAUUGUUAAAUUUCGCUUUUUUGAGUCCUUUUUUAAAUCUUUUCGAUCAAUAGGGGCCGAGAUAGCAGGCGAGAAACACUGUCCUGUUUUCCUUUUUGGACACAUUUUUUAUUCUCAGUUGAAAUCUCUUCUUUAAAAUGAGACCAAGGGCAUAAUAAAAACUGCGGUCUCCACUCGACAGAAUAUUUUUCAGCUUGGGUACAUUUGCUCAUUAUUUAUGAUAAUUGAAGAACCAGUAGUAGUAAAUUAUUUGAUAAGUGUGAACUUUCACCUUUUUUAAACGAGCACAAUGUCUCACCGGAGACAAGUUACAAAAACAUGGCGCACAUAAACUCAUAAAUGGCGUGAUUUCAUUGUCUCAAUGGAAAAAUGGAAAAUCGCGUUUUGAAAAUUGCAUUUUCAUUGUAAAAUAAUGAAUGACGCGAAAGUGGGUAAAACUAUAUUAGUGACUAUAUUUACUAUGUUAACUGUAUUGGUGCCCAAACACCCCCGCUAGGUUGUUUGGAUGGCCAGUGGUCAGGAAGGAUGAAAACAUCUCAAAAAUACUCAAAUGUAUGUUUUGUAGAUUAGGGAGCGUUCAAGUAUUUCGUAACGCGUUUAACUGACAUUUGUGACCCCCCCCCCCCCUUACGUAACGUUUUUCUAUAAUAAAUGUAUGUAACUUUAAUAUAGGCGCUGCACUACUGUGGACCCCCUUCAUGAUGAUUUUCCGUAAUGCACUUCUACUCUUGUAUCGUCAACGUAAAAAUAGUUUUGGCCUUGUAAAAACAAACUGACAUUAUGAGGUAUAAUUCAGCCAUUAAUUCUUUUGCACGAGUUUCCGGCAGUGCACAUUUCAAUUCAUCAUUACUUGACGGUUCGCACAAAUAAAUUUGGCCUGUACAAUAAAUAGCGAACGUCAAUCAAUCUAGACCAUGCAAUAAUAACGCUGAACAAUGACAUGUGAGAGGUUAUUAUCAUUACUGGAACUGCGAUUGCUCUACUACAUUUUUUUUCUAACGAGCGUCAAUGAGGCAACAAAGUAUAAUGUGUGAGUAAAAGAACGGGAAAUAAUUUGGUAAGAUCCAUUGAAUACAGGGGUCGAUAGGAACACGCCACACUUUUCGUUAAAAACAUCGACUCACUGAUCCGAUAUGAAUUUCUUCUUCUAUCUUGAUGAAAAUGUGUUAUAAAAAUAUUUAGACACGCAUAAAUCGAGCUCUUUUUUUAAUUUUAAUGUCACACCGUGCUUACUAAGCCAUUAUUUGUAUUUUAUACAACCCAGCAGCAGACACUCCUCAAAACGCAUACUUUUGUGUUUAUCUAUGAAGGCAUAAAAAUACGCCAUUUUUAUGAUUGCGUUCUGAAAAUAUUUUAUUAUAGCUCCGAUAUCAUUUUAAAGAGGCGAUUUUAAACAUGAAUUUAGUGAAGUUUAAAUUGUAAUCCAUUAACUUCCCUGCAUCAUUCAGAGAGUGGACGUUAAUAAUAGAUUUCCAAAAACGGAAAAUAGGUCGGUCAAACGAGUUUUGAAAACUCUUUUCUAACUGAAUUUUUGCCAAAGUUAGUCACUUUUUAAGUCAAUUCUGUUUUUAAUCAGAUGACCGUAAGCGGACGCAUGCCUUUCAACGUUAGUGUACUUUCUGCAAAGCUUCUAUUUUACAAAUGGAUAAAAUAAAUCAGUUUUUUAGCUGCAUAAACGUUCCAUUAUGUAGAAAAUAAGGGCUGAUACAAAACAUAAAAAACUUAGUUCAUUUUUCACAUUACUCAAAAUAUUCCAUUUAUUAGAAUAUAUAUAUUUUGUCUAAAGAUUUCCUCUUAAACCUCAAUAUUUUCGGAUAUAUUUGGAACAUUCGAAUUGGGAAAGAAAAAAAGUAUUAAUCUUUUAAUUUGGUAAAAAUAUUGCAUAAAAACGAGAGAAAUGAAUAGGUCGUCACCCGAGAACUGACUUUAUUGAUACGCUAACAAAUUUCUCGAAUUCAGUUUCAUGAAAUUCGAACCAAACUUAGGAAGUUUUUGUAGUUUUUAUUUUAACCUUGAAAGUUAAAUUCAUGUAAUGGAAUUGCAUCAGUUCCAUCUUGUAAACAUAAAUUUGAGACAAUCAAGAAACUUGAAAAUCCCAUAUAUAUUUAAUUGUCAUUUUAAUAUUUUUAAUUUUCAAAAUAUUAAGCAACAUUUUGAACUAUUUUAUACGUAUGAUAAAAACUUACUACAUUACGUCUUCUACUUUUUGCUUAAUAAAUGAAUUUACAUACAAACAUACGCUUUAAAAGAAGUUAUAAGAACUAUUUGUAAAUUUAUUAAACAUUUUUUUAUUUUAAUUUGUAUUUUAUUUAUUUUAUUUUGUUACAAAAUUAGCAGUAAUUUAUAAUUUACGAUACCUGCUGAUUGGAAAAUAUUAACUCGUCUGUUUUCAGCUAUCGAUAUCAUUCAAUUAUGAGCCAAUCUGAUAAAUAUAAAUAGUUCGGCUAACUGGAAAAGCUAUUCAAAGCUAUUGUUUAUCAAUUAUAAGAAUAAAUAUAGAUUUUUCGUU